AUGGACUCGGACGCAUUGCGGAGGAUGGUAUCAACCUCCUCCAGGUCCGGUCCCUCUAUUACCAGCACGACGUCAAGAAGCCGAGGGGGAACGGAUACUAGCAGUACAAGCAUAGUGUCUAGUAGAGUUUCUGUGGCAGAUAGCACCUGGUCUUUGAACAGCACCAACCAACCGGAGUCGAGCACCGAAAGCGAGUCAGGCCUUAAUGAUGCACCGAGAAGCCUGUGGUUUGAGACGCGAAACCCGUAUUCUCCAGUAACGGUUGUGAUGUUACAUUUGUUGUUCUCUUCACAUCUUGAAUGGGCGCAUGUCUGGCCCAAGUUGACCGAGUAUCACCUUCUCAUACCCGAUCUGCCUCAUCACUCACGAUCACGCCAUAUCAAACCGUUCUCAUUCGCCCUGUCGAUCGAUCUCAUAGCCGAAAUGAUUCGGAAACAUGCGCAUGGUGGUCGCGCCCAUAUAGUUGGAAUAUCCACAGGUGGCUUUAUUGCUCAGGAGCUUGUACGCAAACACCCAGACAUUGUGAUCAGCGUCUUUGCUUCAGGUUGCAGUCCUCUGCGCGAUUUCUGGCUCAAAACGGCCCAGCGCCCAAAACUAAUACAAUACGGAUUGCUCGCCAUGCUACAUUCGCCAAACAGUUUCUUUUUCAAAAUCUCGGGAUGGAGCCCGGAAUUUCAGAACGAUGCAUUGUUGAAGGAGGUCAAACGUAAUGCGACGUCGCGGCUUUCUGAAAAUGGAACCACGGAUACCGCUGCUUUUCAGUCGGACCAAGUCAACGAAAUCGCGACGAAGGGCAUUCGCAUCGCCUUGAUCGCAGCAGGAAAGCAGGACGACUUGGAAGGCAUAAGAGACACGGCUCGGAUAUACAGUGGAGACACAAACUUUGGUGAGGGAUUGCAGUCGCGGGCUUAUGUUGUUCGGAACAUGAUUCAUGCUUGGAACUUACAACAUCCCGUGCUCUUUGCUAAAGGCGUACAAGCAUGGAUAGAGGGCUGGCCGAUGCCACCCGAGUUCGAGCUCAUGGUCUAA